ACAUAUACAUCUUCGUGCGAUUUAUUUGAGGAAACCCAACGCUUAGGUGGUUGUGAAGCUGCGCGGUCGCCGGGGCAAAGCGAACCACAUGGCCGUACGACGAGCGCCGCUGCCGGUGGGACCGAGGGCCGCCGCCGACGGCAAUCCGGCGCCGCCGGGUGAGUCGAGCAAAGGCCCCGGCCUUGACGGCGAGUUCCGGCAGCUGGUGGACAUCGCCGACGAGGGGGUCAAGCUGGUCAACGACGCCGAGCUGAGGCUGAAGAAGCGGGCGUGCGACAACCCCAAGGACCUCGCCGCGUGGCUCCGGCGGCUCCAGAGCGCCAAGGAGGACCUGGACGACGCGCUCGAUGAAUUCAGAGCUUCCAUGGCGGCGCAGCGGCGGCGGCCGGAACAGGAUCAGGAGAGGAAGAAAUCGAUUCGCCAUUGGUUCUCACGCUCAUCAGCUAACCAUGAGGUUGACAAGAAAAUGAAAAUCACUACUGAAAAGCUGAAUAAGAAAUUCCAUGGGAUCUUACAGAAUGGUCGUGAACUUGGCCUUCAACCAAUCAAAUUGCAAAGACACAGUCGAAUAUCUGAAUUUCCUGGGGAUCUCUCACCCCAGUACACUCUUGUAGGAGAUAUUGAACAAGAAAAGUUGAAGUUGAUCAACAAAUUGACUGGCAGCGAAAGCACCAGUGCUGUCAUUGCAAUCUUUGGGUUGGGUGGAAUUGGCAAGACUAUGUUGGCACGAAAAGUACAUGAUGAUCUCCUCACAGAAAGUGCAUUCAGCACUGUUGUAUGGGUAAAUGGCUCCAAAUCUUUCACUAAAAAGAAAUUGCUACGUGCAAUUCUAAGUUCUUCUGGUGGCAAGCCUGGAGAGGCAAAAAAAAAGAGCAAUGAGCAAAUUGAGGACAUGUUGGUUACAAUACUUGGAGCAAAGAAAUUCUUACUGGUACUUGAUGAUGUAUGGGCUGACCAGAUUCAUCAGGAUUUUCUAAAAGUUAGCUUGCAAGCACAGCAAGGAAGCCGAAUUCUGUUGACUACCCAGGAUGAGGGAGUUCUGAGGCAAAUUGCUUCUGAUGACAUCCACAAAGUAAACAAAUUGAGUUUCCCCGAUUGUUGGUCUCUGCUCUGCAGUAGUGCUUGCCUGGAUGAACAGGAUUGCGACGCAUUAACAGAUAUUGGUAUAACAAUUAUCCAGAAAUGUAACAAGGUUCCAUUGGCUAUCAAAGUUUUGGGUGGUCUCCUAGGAACAAAGAACCCAAGAAGAGAGGAGUGGCAGGAAGUGAUCAGUGAGAGUGAAGGGUGGACUCUUGAGAACGUUCCUGAUGGCAUGGAGGAAAUAUGUCUCCCCAUCUACUUAGCCUAUUACAGUCUGCCAUAUCAUUUGAAAUUAUGUUUUGAUUACUGCUUGCAGCUCCCUGAAGGAUUUGUUAUUAGGCCACAAAUUGUUACUCAGCUAUGGAUAGCAGAGGGCUUUAUUCGAGAACAAGAUAACCGCAACCCUGAAGAUAUCGCAGAACAGUAUUACAAGGAAUUGGUUCUAAGAAAUCUUCUGCAGCCUGAGAUUGGGUGCUUUGACAUGUCGAAAUGCACAGUGCAUGAUUGUGUAAAGUCCUUGCUGCAACCUUCAACUAAAGACAAGAAAUCAACAGAUAGCACCGAAGGGACAAAGUUUUUUAGAAGCUUCAGGACAGCUUUUGUCUACAAGAAUCCAUCAGGAGAUCGCGGCCUCAAUUGGCUCAUAAAUUUGAGAUCUCUCAUAAAUUUGAGAUCUCUUGACCUUACUGGUACUUGCAUUAGGUACAUACCGAAGUCACUAGAACAUCUACAUCACCUUAGGCUCUUAAACCUCUCACUGACACAAGUUUUAGAGCUUCCGGAAUCUAUUGAGAGCCUCAGCAACCUGCAGUUCUUGAUACUUCGGUGUUGCUAUUGGCUCGAAACCCUGCCAGAGGAAAUUAGUAAUCUGGUCAGCUUGCGGAGCCUUGAUUUGGAAGGGACUACACCACAUAUAGUUCUGUCAAGAUUAUCAGCCCUGGAGCAGCUAACUGCACUGCAUGGUUUCAUAGUAGACCACAAUGCGGCAGUACCCGACAAUGAUCAUCAGAACGGAUGGCCUAUGAAAGAGCUGAGUCCUUUGAACUCAUUGCGGAGCCUGCAGAUAAUGGGCAUCGAUAGAGUUCCAGAUGAAUCUAGGGCGCAAGAAGCUAACCUAGCAAGCAAGUCUCACCUCACACAUCUUGAGUUAUGUGGUAGUAGCACCAGUGAUUCACAAGUCUUUGUACCAGAGGAAGAACAAGAUAGAUGGCUCAGUGUGCUUUGCGGUCUCCAACCUCCACAAUGCUUGGAAUAUCUCAAAAUAGCGAGCUAUUAUGGAUCAUCUCUUCCGGAUUGGAUAUUGCAACUUCGAAACCUCCAGCGGCUUGUGCUUACCGAUUGCAAACUCUGUGAUAGCCUCCCAGCAUUGGGGCAGCUACAACAACUGAAGUUCCUCACAAUCAAUGGAUGUCCUAAGUUACGCAUCAUCGAGUGGCGGACUGGUGCUACGACUAAACUGGUAUUUCCAAAGCUAGAGCAGCUGGACCUCAGGGACAUGCAGGCCUUGGAAUCAUUGGAUAGGUUUAAACAUGGUGACCUGCUUUCCCUGACCAAAUUUCACCUAGAGAACAGUCCCAAAUUGAGAUCCCUCCCAUCUGGCCUUGGUUACUGCAAGGUACUGACAAGUAUGAAGAUUGUUGGUGCUGAUAGCCUCCAAGUGAUUGACAACCUUCCUAUGCUCAAGGAAUUGGUUGUCCAAGACUGCAGAGAACUUGUCAUGAUCUCAAAUCUUCCAGUGCUUCAGGUCCUGGUAGUCGUUGACUGCUCCAUGCUGCAAGAUUUGAGGGGAGUUGCAGGCCUAAGGCAUGUCCGCCUCGUGGACAGAGUGACGAAAGAACUUCCAGAUUGGUUGACAGGCCAUGAGGCUCCUCUGCUGCAAACAUUCACCAUAGUCGGCACGACAGAACUACUCAGGAAGUUAGUUCCCAACAGCAAAGGCUGGUCGGCUAUACGUAACAUGGACAGAGUUUAUGCAAAUUUGCCUGAUGGGGCCCCGUUCUUGGCUUACAACAAGGGCAGACCUGAUUUUCAAAUGAUUAAGACAGCGGUUGGCCCUCAGUUGGAAGAUCGUCCUUCUGCAUAUAUUAUCCUCAGAAAGCUUGUCAGGAUGGCCUCACAAACUGGCCUUCUGGAUAGCUUAAAACGGUAUUUCCUCCCUCCACUUGCCAUUGUUCUUGUACUCUUGCUGCUGGCAACCAGAGACUUCACGCUCAUUGGAAUCUUGCUCGCCUUCUUUGCGGCAAUAGCAUGCCUUGCUGGGUUUUAUUAUAUAUAUAUUCAGAAAGCUUCAGGGUGAAUACUUAAACCAUGCAGCUGGACGACCAAUGGAGAUUAUAAGAUAGAGAAUUUUAUGACUGGGAACAUGUACUCUAUAUUCAGGCAAUAAAAUAAGCUUGAUUUGGAGGGACAACUGGUGGCAGAAAUUAUAACAAAAAUAUCAUUUUGAGGUUAAGCAAACCAAAUCUUCUGUAUGAUGGAAUGCUCUUCACAUUAGAUAACCGGCAGGCUUGUUUUUUUUCAUUGGUACGACAGUAUGCAGUUCUGUGUAUUGUAACUGGUAAAAUUUGAUAUACAUCUACUCUGUUUAUGUUCUCCUUGUUCCUGUGGUCUUUGCCUUCUGUUUCUUUUCAUUUCUGUUUUUAUGGGACGUUUAUGUGGUCUUGCUUGUGAGCUGCUGGAACGCAUAAUUGAUUAACUUA